AAGCAGACAGAUAGACAAAGCGCACAGCGAGUGGGCAAAAGAAAAGCAUAUUGAGACUAGCGAAAAGCAAUGUAUGCACAUAAAGGCAGCUGGCUGAACGAUAUGACAAACGUCAAGAAAGCAAAAUAAAGAACUGCAUUAAUAACGUGAACGUGUGUGACAAAACUUACGAUGUUUUUGCAAUCGUUGAACACUUUUCUGCUCGUCUAAGUCAAUUUGCAAACUUAUACAAUAUUUACAAAACAAGCAAAUACUAAAACAACGCUGCAUAUCUGCGCUUUUGUCUUUCCUAGUGUCAUUGUUGUUUGUCUAGAUUGUGCUUUGGCUGUCUAGCGGUGCCGACACUGCUGCCGACGGACGUAUUGACGCUUGGUGCGGCGCUAUUGGCUUAGUUGUGCUUUCGUCUCUUCGGCAGUUAAGUAAUUUAUGAGCGGAAUUGUCGGAAAAAUGGCGUUUUGUUGAUUUGUCUUUGUGGUCAAAACGGGGGGAAAAAAUGAAGGACCCAAAGGAACUUUUACAAGAAGUGAAUAUAGAAGUAAAUAAUAAAAUGGAGAAUGUGGAAGGCGAUUCAAAUGACAGAGAUGCCGAGGGACAUAUGAUGCAUGGCAUUGAGCCGGCGCUCUCGGCGCUUAGCAGCGCCUCCGCACACAGUCCAAGCGGCAGUCAGGCGCUGAGUCCAGCGCUCAGUCUCAGCGGUGGUAAUAGCAAUAGCAAUGGCAAUUUAUCUACUAGUGGCAAUAAUACUAUUAACAAUAACAACAACUCAUAUGCGCAAAACAAUAACUCACAAUCGGCAACGGUUUGUGCUAUAUGUGGUGAUCGCGCCACCGGCAAACAUUACGGUGCUUCCAGUUGUGACGGCUGCAAAGGAUUCUUCCGACGCAGCGUGCGCAAGAAUCAUCAAUAUACCUGCAGAUUCUCCCGCAACUGCGUUGUGGACAAAGACAAACGCAAUCAGUGUCGUUAUUGCCGCUUACGUAAGUGCUUUAAGGCGGGCAUGAAGAAGGAGGCAGUGCAAAAUGAACGCGAUCGUAUUAGUUGUCGUCGCACCUCAAACGAAGAUCCCGAUCCCGGUAAUGGCUUGUCCGUUAUAUCGCUGGUUAAGGCCGAGAUUGAGAGUCGUCAGUCGAAAGCGGGCGCUGCCAUGGAGACCAAUCCGAAUGAAGAUCUAUCGAACAAGCAAUUCGCCAGCAUCAACGAUGUGUGUGAGUCAAUGAAACAACAGCUAUUGACGCUGGUCGAGUGGGCCAAACACAUACCAGCCUUUAAUGAUCUGCAGCUGGACGAUCAGGUGGCGUUGCUACGCGCGCAUGCUGGCGAACAUCUGUUGUUGGGAUUAUCGCGGCGCUCUAUGCAUCUGAAAGAUGUGUUGCUGUUGGGCAACAAUUGCGUUAUCACGAAACAUUGUCCAGAUGCGCGUCUGUCGCCGAACUUGGAUAUUUCGCGCAUUGGCGCUAGAAUCAUAGAUGAGCUCGUUUUUGCGCUACGCGAUGUGAAUAUUGACGAUACCGAAUUGGCAUGCAUCAAGGCGCUGGUGUUCUUCGAUCCGAACGCCAAAGAUCUCAAGGAACCGCAACGCGUCAAGACGUUGCGCCAUCAAAUCCUAAACAAUCUGGAAGAUUAUGUGUCAGACCGACAAUAUGAGUCACGCGGCCGUUUUGGCGAAAUACUCUUAAUACUGCCCGUACUGCAGUCCAUCACCUGGCAGAUGAUCGAACAAAUACAGUUUGCGAAAAUUUUCGGUGUCGCUCACAUUGACUCGCUGCUGCAGGAAAUGCUACUUGGAGGUAUGUUUAGUGCACGCUACCACGCACCACACUCUUUUUACACCAUACGUAAUUAUCUAAUGUACGCCAACUUUGUAGGUGAACUGGCCGACAACUCACCACUCUCGCCGCCAAGCCUAAACAAUUACAGUCCGACACGCAACAUGGACGGCAGUCAUGUGUCGUCAACACUGGACGUGCUCACCUCACCCACAACCGCUGAUCAUUUGAGCGCCUGCAUGGAUAGCAACAGUUUGGAUGCACAAAUGAUGUCACCACUACUGGAAAAUAUUGCCGCAUCGCCACCACAAUACAAUCAGUUGCGCUCAUAUCAGACACAGCGCCCACAACAACAGCAACAACAACAAGCGGUCAACAACAACACAGGUACACCACUACACACACGCGCCAUGCAUUCACCACACCUCAACGACGCCGAUACGAACAAUGUCGACAUGGUUAACGGCGCCGGCAACUCAUGCAUGGACGAGAAUAGCAUGUACAACACCAACAGCGUUAUGCGUCCACUAUCCACGAGCAGCGCUCACAAUUUGCCACAUAUGUCAUCACCGAAUAUGCAACAGCAUCCGCAUGCCGCAUCCUCACCAAUGCAACAUUCACCGCCGUUGCAUCGCAAUCAUCCCUACCAAAGACCGGAGCAGUUGAAUGCCGCGCAACAACAUAAUAAUGGCGCCGUUGCGCAGCAGCUACGCAAUCCGGCUGAGAUGACGUUGAAUGAAUAUAAUAGCGGCAGCGCUGAGGAAAUGCUGCGUCGUGCGCCAAUCAAAAUACGUGGACCCGACGCGCUGAGCAGCGGCGCUGGCGGUGCUUAUAUGAUGGGUGGCGGUUUGCACGACGCCGAGAGUGCGUAUCGUCUGACAUUGAAACAGGAACCGGAAACGGGUUAUUGAAAUGUAUUUGAGUUGCACGAAGAGUUACUAGCUUAAAGCUCUCUAGUUAGCGUUGCCAACUGCAAAGUCAUAUAUUAUAUAAAAAUAAAAGUUA